UGGUUAGAUUUUUGUCUAAGCGAAGUCAUCACCUGGUCGGUUGAAUUUUUGGACAGUAGGAACGUUUAUGAUCCCAAAAGUAACGACUAAUCCCUUGAGACUCAAUCUGAACAAGUAUAUUUCUAUGUUUGGAAGAAGGAUAAGGUACGGCAGCGAAAUUUCUUGGAUUUCAAGGAACCAAGAGAAGUUACAGUAAGCUUACAAUGGAGGUUCUAGGGUCAGAAAUAUCCUUGUCAAAAACGAGCCAUUUUCACAAUGAGGAAGUAGUUCUGUACGAGGAACCUGUAGCAUCAAUUUCUUCUCAAAGUAUAGGAUUAUCCACAAACAACCAAUGGUAUGGAAAUCAAGAAGAUCCAAGAGAGAGCUUAUCAAAAACCAGUAAAUUAAACCAAAGAUAUGAAAAGCCAACCACUAGUGAGGACACGAGAAACCCUUUAUCAAAACCUAACAAACUUAACCAACGGCAUGAACAAAAAAACAUUGCAAAACAUUUGAAAGAUAGUCUUUCAAAAACUAGCAAACUAAACCAACGAUAUGAACAACCAGCCACUGUAGAAGAUCCAAAAGAUGGUCUUUCCAAAACUAGCAAACUAAAUCAACGAUAUGAAGAACCAACGACUGUAGAAGACCCGAGAGACAGUCUUUCAAAAACCAGCAAACUAAACCAACGAUAUGAACAACCAGCCACUGUAGAAGAUCCAAAAGAUGGUCUUUCAAAAACUAGCAAACUAAACCAACGAUAUGAAGAACCAACUGCUGUAGAAGACCCGAGAGACAGUCUUUCCAAAACUAGCAAACUAAACCAACGGUAUACGAAAGGCGGAGAUGGAGAUCAUCUAGACGAACUAGCUAAUUCUAUUAGACUGAAUCCUCAAUACAAUGACCAAUUUGAUCCUUUGUCUGAAACCAGUAGACUCAACAAACGAUAUAUCGAAACCAAAGUACGGCAACCUGGAAAACCACAUCCUGCUGUGCAAAGUUCAAACAAGAUGGACCAACUUGGACUAACAUCUUCGGCAUUGAAUGACCGUUACUUCAGUCAGUCAGGGCUAAUAAGACCUCCAGACAGUCACAAGAGUGGCUUCAGCUUGCAGGGCAGACAAGGGCAGAUAACAAGUGUUAAAGAUCGUCCAUGUCAAAAACAGCUUGAAAGUCUUCUACCAUCCUCCUUCGGGAUGAGAGACCCUGACCAAGCAUACACCUUGUUAAACAAUACGACUACUGAACAUGUAAAGUUCUUACCAAGCAAUUCACAUUUCAGCCAAAAUGAUCAAAUCUCAGACACAUCUGAAACACUUUCACUCAGUUCUCAUGUCAGAAAUGUUCAUGUGCCUUCGCAAACAUCUGAUCUUGAUCAAUACCUGGACGAGCUUUUUAAUCCUGUAUUAGAUGGGGAUGUUGAUGAGAUGAGUGAUGCACGUUCACUGGCUGCAUUAAAUGGACGAAACUUCCGUUAUCAAGAUUAUCACAGGAAGCUUAAUCCUUCAGGGUUCACUAUAGACUUAUCAGAAAAUUCCAUUGAUGAUAUGUUUGACCAAAUCCUAGAAGAGGAUCUCAGAGAAAUAAACAGCUCUCCAAGAUUGACUAAAAUGUUAAAGAGAGGUGGAGAUUGAAGAGCACCCUUUAUCAUUGUUGGUCAAAACUCUGGUCAUGCAGAUUAGUAUCUGUGAGAGCUUUGUUAACAAGGCUUGGCAGAUUCAA